UGAUCGGAGAUACCCUGAAAGGUAUGUUAUAAAGGAGCAUGUUGACAAACUUCGCUUCCAUCGUUGCAAGGAACAACAUUGUCCUACAUGGACCCGUCUCAUAAAUCGAGGUGGUGGAUUUAAAGCAACAAAAACAACGGUUGUAUGCAGCAACCACUUUGCUAGUGGCCAGCCGUUUAAUGACUCACCACAUCCAACCCUGUUUAUGAAGGGUUACAAUUGCACCCCAAAGACGCCACUUCGAGCACCACCAAAAGAACAGUCUGCUACAUCAACACCAAGAGCAAGACCAAAGCGCACAGCUGUACAUCGUUUUCGAACAAUUGGAAUUCAAGUUGAUCUGACUGACUCCCGACAAAGUUCUAAUGACCAUGAGUAUUGCCAUCCAGCAUUCAAAAAGAAGACAUAUAAUUCAGAGUGGGUUGCACAUCUGGAGGAUGAACUUAGUAAAUUGACAGAAAAAAUAAAUAAACUGAUGACUGAUUAUCUGGAAGCCACAGAACAUGUCAAAAAAUUAAAAGCUGCUCUUGCUGCUUGUACUAAGAAGCUUACUGUUUCAGAUAUAGCACACAGUAAUGAACUAGUAAAACUUUAUACAGGCUUGACGAGCUAUGAAAUUUUUCAGUGGGUAUUUGCAGAAGUGUCUCCUCAUGCACAGAACCUUCACUACUACAAAGGCAAAUUGUCAUCAGAAGAUAAGACCUGGCAGACGAACAACACAACUAAACCUGGAGUCAAGCGAUCACAGUCUCUGGAGGACCAAAUGCUCAUGACGCUGAUGAAGCUUAGGCUAAAUCUCCGUGAAGAUGACCUGGCAUUUCGAUUUGGUUUAGUACAAAGCACAGUUUCUCAGGUUUUGUCUACUUGGAUUCCAUUUCUAGCAAAGGAGCUAGCCGCAUUCAUUCACUGGCCCAGCAAAGACGAAACCCUGAAGUACUAUCCUGCAUGCUUUCACAAGUAUAAAGGUACAGUUAAGUGCAUUAUUGACUGCACUGAAAUACAAAUUGAACGACCGUCUUUGGCUGCUUCCAACACGCAAGUGUACAGCCAGUACAAAUCUAGACCCACUGUCAAGUGCCUAGUUGGUAUAACACCAAGUGGAGCGAUCUCAUACAUUUCUGAACCGGUAGGAGGAAACACCUCUGAUAAGAAAAUUGUACAGAAAACUAACAUAGUGGAUAAGUUUGAACCAGGAGAUAUCUGUAUGGCCGAUCGCGGUUUUAAUAUUCAAGAACUACUGUUACGCAAGCAGGUCAAACUUAUUAUACCACCAUUUCAACGAACAACUAAGAGUACGAAUCAAUUUACAAUAACAGAGGACACUAAAACAAAGACUGUGGCUAAUGCCAGGAUACAUGUGGAAAGGGCAAUAGGAAGACUGAAAGAAUUUCAAAUUAUGCAGGGUCCCGUUCCCCUGACCAUGAUAGACCUUAUGGAGGGUGCCCUUGUAAUAAGUGCGGCUAUUGUUAACCUGCAACCUGUUUUAGUCCCUUUGUCGUCAUAAUUUACAUUGGACGGUUUUAAGAAUUGGCAUUAUCAAAUACAAUAUAUAACUUCAGAAUCAAAGAAAUAAGUCUUGUAAAAAUGGAUAUGAUUUUUUUUUUUCAUUUACUUUGUUCAAAAAGUUAUUUUGCCAACAUAAAACUAAUAUUUCUUCCUUAAAUUCUAUAUAAAAAUAACAUUCAAAUAUGAUAUAACACAAAAUAUAUAUACAGUAAUUUAUACAAAUGUAACAAGAAAAAUAAAAAUUAAUUAUGCUAAAUGAGAGUCAAUAAUUUUGUCUACCAGGUGGUGAACAUGAAGAAAAGUUUGAUUAGUUUUUCAUCCUAAUAACAGUACUUUAAAAAAAUAAGUAUUUGUUUUGUUAUUGUGUAUAUUAAUAAAACAUGAAUUAGUUUAUUAUAUUUGUAUAUCAUUUUCGAUCUCAUGUUAUAUAUUACUGUGACAUUAAAUUAAACUAUCAGAGCAAGCUAUUGUAUGUAAAACUGCAAACUAGCACAAAAAGAAAUCACAAUCUAUAUAUUGGAAUUACAUUAAGUACAGAGACCACAGUACUGUAAAUCAAGCAAGGCAGUUUUUAAAUGAAUUGUUGUCGAACAAUAAUUUAAAUGUAGAUCUAUCACAGUCUGUAUUAAUUCCUGCAAAAGAUUAUUAGUUUGAAGUGUUCUUUUUACUCCUCCUGGCUUUCUUUUUUGGUUUACACCCAUCACAUUUCCAGGACAACUUCCUCUUUUUCAAAAAUUUUUCAUGUCCUUCAAUCCCGCCACAAACAUAGUGAAACCACCUGUCACAAUUG